AUGCAAUUCCCCGCUCUGUCGGUCUGUGCGGGGAAUGUGUACCAGAACCAGGCAACGCUGUGUACAUAUAAACUUCUGCCUGGAAAUAAUCAAUAAAUAGUCGUUUUUUCAUUUUUUUGCAAAAGUUUGGGUUAUUUUUUAGAUUGGCGGAAACACAUCGAUAGGAACUACCUGUAAUCUGAGUAAACAUGCCUCGUAGACGACAGGUAAGAACAAAUAGACAUAUGGGAGGUAGUGGCUCAGAUGGAACUGAAGAUUCAGACUCCUCCGCUGAAAGAGAGCAGACAAACAGUUCAGAAAGUGAUGGAAACAUGACCAAGAGACAGCGCCUCACCAGAGCCUCUACUCGCCUUAGCCAAAGCUCUCAGGAUACCCCGGACUUGAAGCGAGCUACGGAUCAUGAUGAAUCUCCACCAUUGACGCCGACAGGAAAUGCCCCCUCCUCUGAAUCUGAACUGGACAUCUCCAGCCCCAACGCCUCCCACGAUGAGAGUCAGGCCAAAGAUCCGGCAAGUCGAGAUUCUGAUAAGGACCUCUCCCAUCGCCCAAAACGCCGCCGCUGUCAUGAGACGUACAACUUCAACAUGAAAUGCCCUACACCGGGAUGCAAUUCACUUGGUCACCUCACAGGAAAACAUGAACGUCAUUUUGCUGUAUCAGGUUGUCCACUUUAUCACAAUCUGUCUGCUGAUGAAUGCAAGGUGAAAGCCGUUAGCCGUGAGAAACAAGAGGAGGACGUGAAGCCUCAAGAAGAAAGCAAUUCACGGCAUGCAACCCGGCAUCAGACCCCAACAUCGAAACAGAGCAGAUACAAAGAGCAGGUGGCUGAGAUGAGGAAAGGAAGAAACUCUAGCCUUCAGAAGGAGCAGAAGGAAAAACACAUGGAGCAUCGGCAGACGCACGGCAACACCAGAGAGCCUCUGCUAGAGAACAUCACCAGUGAUUACGAUCUGGAGCUCUUCAGAAAAGCACAAGCCCGGGCAUCUGAAGAUCUGGAGAAGCUGCGUAUCCAGGGUCAGAUCACUGAGGGCAGCAACAUGAUCAAGACCAUCCUGUUUGGCCGCUACGAGCUGGACACCUGGUACCACUCACCAUAUCCUGAGGAGUAUGCUCGCCUGGGUCGCCUCUACGUCUGCGAGUUCUGCCUGAAGUACAUGAAGAGCCAAACCAUUCUCAGGAGACACAUGGCUAAGUGUGUGUGGAAGCAUCCUCCAGGAGACGAGGUGUACAGAAAGGGAGCGAUAUCUGUGUUUGAAGUUGACGGGAAAAAGAACAAGAUCUACUGCCAGAACCUGUGUUUACUUGCCAAGCUCUUCUUGGACCACAAAACGCUCUAUUAUGAUGUGGAGCCGUUUCUGUUCUACGUCAUGACUGAGGCCGACAACACGGGCUGCCAUUUAGUGGGAUACUUCUCCAAGGAGAAGAAUUCUUUCCUGAACUACAACGUUUCCUGUAUCCUGACAAUGCCACAGUACAUGAGGCAGGGCUUUGGAAAGAUGCUCAUUGACUUCAGCUACCUGCUGUCCAAAGUGGAAGAGAAGGUCGGCUCACCAGAGAGGCCUCUGUCUGACCUGGGCCUCAUCAGCUACCGAAGCUACUGGAAGGAAGUGCUACUCAGAUACAUGUACAACUUCCAAGGCAAAGAGAUCUCCAUCAAAGAGAUCAGUCAGGAGACUGCUGUUAAUCCGGUGGACAUUGUGAGCACCCUGCAGUCUCUACAGAUGCUGAAGUAUUGGAAGGGGAAGCACUUGGUGUUAAAACGACAGGAUCUGAUAGACGAGUGGAAGGCAAAGGAGAUCAAGCGAGGCAAUAGCAACAAAACCAUCGACCCGAGCUCACUGAAGUGGACCCCUCCCAAAGGGACAUAAGCACUAAGAACCCUCAGGCUACUGAAUGAACUCACCUCCAGCCUCACCAGCCACAAGUAGCCUAAACCCACAAAACUGUCAAUAAAAGACCAGUGCUCUGUCUUUCUAUCAUGUUCAUCACAUCUUUCAUUUUUUUUGUCUGAACCCUUUUUUAUUUUAUAUUUUACUUUUGUUUAUAUUUUUAAAAACAUCAUAUGUUACAAAUCAGACAAAUUACUUAGUCCACAGUAGAGUCUUCUUUGUCCUAUUUCUUUUAAAACGGCCUACUUUAAGCUUUGAAUGUUGAAAUGUCCAACGUGGUGGAUAACAUGAAUGUUCUGCUCUUUCAUUGAAAAAAAAAAAAGAAAACAUACAUUCUUACUGCAUUUGACGGCUGUUUUUUUUGUUGUUGAUAAAUACAGUAACUGUCGGCAUGAAAUGAAAAUGCAAGCAGAGUGUAUUCUGGGAAAUGGUGUACGGUGACGUCUUUGGUUGGUGUAAAAUUGUAUAGAUAAGUGUGUACUUCUUUUUCUCCAGCUCCUUCAGUACAGUAUUUGGAACCAUUCCUCUGAAGAACCUGCCAAAUAAUAGUGCAGUAAUCAGAUCCUUUUUCAUUUUCAAGGGGGGGAGGACAUAUUAAGACGCUACCACUGUAAGAAAUGCACAUUGAAAUAAAAACAACCUCAGGUUUUUAUACGGACUCAAUCAUACCUUGCUUGUGUGGUUUCUCCAAAACAUCGGGCGCAGCGGUUGUGGCAGACGGACUUCCUCUGGUUAAAGAAUCUGAUCAACAGGAAACAUUUGACUGUUCAUAAUUUGUACUAUAAAUCAUGGAUGUUAAAUGUGUAUUAGCAAUUUGAUAUUUUUAAUAUCAAUAAAGCUGCCUUUAAUUUUGAA